AUGGACCACCUGGCUCUGAAAAAGGCUUUCCGAAAGACAAGUCACUACAGUCGGGACAAUGCUCUCGCUGCUAUUCGCGGUCAAAGCAUUCCCCCGGCGGUCGGUCACCCCACCAUUCAACUCUGUCUAGUACGCGGAAUCCGCUACCACCCGGGGUUUGCCACUGAGCUGCGCUGCAAAUAUGACCGCACCGGCCUCUUCAGUCGGGCUGUGAACGCCCGAGCAAUUAUGAGCAACGAGAUUCCCGAUUUAAAAAAUGAAUGGGAUACUCCAUACUGCAUCUGGCAUCCGGACACGGCGAGCGAAGAGACCUACCAGCAACUGGUGACCCGCUACCCGCAUCUGAGAUAUCAUGUUGGCCGAGCGUGUGCCGUGGCAGGAUACACCGAGCUAUAUCGGGAGCUGAACCUAUUGCCGGAGAUCCAUAUUGCAGAGGAAGCGCGCGAUAACAACAGCACUGCGAUCUUUAACAUGAUCAUGGCGAGUCCUGUGCUAUAUAAUGUCAUGAAUGACUAUACCCGCACCGUCAAUCUGCAUAACCCGCAACUCUGUGAUCGUCGCUAUGGUCUGAACAACGACACGGCUGUUCGAUCCUCCCUCGAGCGGAAACAGAUGUUUUCACAGGCACCGCGAGGGCCAUACGACGAUAUCUUCGACGACGACGAUGAUGAUGAAGACUCCAGGACUCCCAGAUAUCGAGUCAAUUACUGGAAUAUCACAGAAGACAUGAACCUCGAUGAAUUCUCCUUCGAGGCACCAGACUCAUCGGAAGAGGAUGUAGCCCCCUAUCUCUACACUCCUCUUCCCUUUGAUCUCCCGUACACUAUUAUCAACAAGGACCUCCUCAUCCUAAUGGCCGCCUGGACCGGCGACGUCGACCGGUAUGAUCGUCUCCGCCCAUGGCAUCUACCACAGCAACCUUUUGCUAAAUGGUGGUCUCUCCAGUCCCCACUUUCUCACCCACAACGGGAAUCCCAAAUCCAGCGGGCUAUUACCGCCCGGUUCAUCAUGAGCAAUGAUCUGUCCCGAGUUUCGCGACGAGAAAGUCCCGACGAAGCAAGGAACCUCCCCUUCUGCAUCUGGUACCCCAACCUCGCCUCUCCGGAGACGUACCGGGAACUAGCUCGUCGAGAGCCCCGGAUGACCAUAGCGGUGGCCCGCGCAUGCAUCGUCGCCAACUACCGCCAGGUCUACCGUGAGCUGGAAUUCGAGCCCACAAAAGCCCUCUGGUGCGAAGCGCAGCAGCGACCGGGGAACUUCUACACGGACGACCUGCGCCAGCGGGCGGAGCGUUACGAUCCGAAGGAGACGAAGAGCUGGAUCGGGAGUUGGAGUGUCUGGGGUAUUUGAACUUCCCGUGUGAUAUCAAGUUGAGGGAUUAGUGAUUGCUGGAAUACGCUGUUUGGUGUUUGAUCUAUAUAGGAACCAUUGUACGUAUUGAGUAGUUGCUACUCAUAGGUCACCUGAGUAAAGGAUGCAACUUACAAAAGAGAAAGCUGUUUAUCCUUUAUCAGUAGCCCACUUUCCCACCUCUCAAUUGAGAUGAUUAAGGAAAGGAGCAAUAUCUAGAGACUUGUAGACAGGAG